AUGAACCACAACGGAGUCAACCCGUAUUCGUCGACAAACUACCACAGUGUGGACCGUGAUACUGCGCGCACUCUCAUCAACGAUAUUACAUACAAACCAUCUGCUGAUGAGAUCGCCGCCAUAGAGCGCCAUGAGGCUGCUCGACAGGCUGCCAAAGACGCCAAAGCAGCUCGCAAAGCGGAGAGGGCAGAACUGUCCAGACAGGCCAAACAGGCCAAACAAGACAGACAGGCCCGCAAACAUGCUUCAUCUUACAGCGCCGGUGCUGCCUACAGUGCUCAGUCUUAUGGUGCUGCUUCCUACAACGCCACCUCGCAUCCUGCCGGUGCACCCUCAGCAGCAAAUGAUACCUACACCUCCCAGCCGACCGUUGCAGAUGACAAGGCCUCUGUCUUCAGUGGCGGUAGCUCGCGCAGCUACAGCAGUUUCCGCAGUCUGCUGUCCCGCAAGCACCACGGAAAGGGGAAGAAAUAA